UGAAGCUAGGAAGUUAGUAAUAGUCAAUUUGACGUCAUUGUUAGAACAAUUUGAAAGGACGUCAGAUUUUACUUUGUCAUAAUCGUAUCUUCACAAGUGGCGCAGACAUAAUAAAGUUUUUCCUUUAUCAACAUGACAACAAAAACAAAAAGAAGAGAAACGAAAGAAGAGUUGCGAUGUAUGACAGUUGCAAAUCUGGAACCUUUAAAAAGAAACCUGGAUCGUAUCGAAUCUGAGUGUAUAUAUCGUGUGGUAGAAAGCACAACAAAUCGUGUAAAAGAAGUGCAGAUGUUGUAUGAAAUUAUUUCGGAUGAUGCAUUGAUAUUCUCCUUGCGCGAUGUUGAUUUACGGGCGUUAGUGCUGACUCAUCAAAAUAUAGUGAAUCGGUAUGUACCAGAUAAUCGGAAGAAAUUUAAAGAGUUGGCAGACUCGUUGAAAGAUAUCUUUAAGUUUAUGGAAAGACGAAAAAUCAGUUUUACAUCCUGCAUGAAGAAUAAAAUCAAACCAAAAUAUUCGCAAUUUUUAGGAAUGUUAGUAGAACUAAGGAUAAUAAUACGAGAUAAACUCUUAACUGAAGCAACAGAAGAAGACGCUCGUCAAAAAUAUUUAUUACAAAGUAUGGAGAAAGCCAGGAAUUCACAACAGCUUAUAAACUCUUUAAACGAAACUUUAACCGCAAAAAUACAAGAAAAAGAUCACGUGUUAAACGAAAAGGAUCGUGUAAUACGAGAAAUGAAACACGAAUUGGAUAAUAUGGCAGCAACGGCCGACGCCGGCAAUGAUACGACAUUAAAUGACGCGGCAAAGCAAAUUCUUACCGAUAAUAAGUCGUUAGAGAAUAAACAAGCAAAACUCAAUGAAGAGGUAGUUGAUUUAAAGGAAAGAUUGCAAAAAAUACGGUCAUCGAACUAUGCCACCGAGUCUCGAUUAAGAAAACGCAAAUUCAAGAUGGCAGGGGAGUUGCAUAAUUGGAUUGUUAAAUACGAUCAAGAUAUGAGUUGGAGACAGGAUCAGAUUGAAGAAAUUACACGCUUAAAUGAACAGGAUUUAGCUGAAAUCCAGGAAUUAGAAAAUCAUUUUGUUGCAGUUCAAAAAGAAUACGAUGAAAUCAUGGAAGAGAGAAAAACCAAAAAAGAAGAACAAUUGAAAAAAGAGGAAGAGGAAAAAAUAAAAAAAAAGGCGACGGUAAAAAUACAAUCCAUGUGGAGAGGAUAUCAAACGCGAACAGAAAUUAAGGGGAAGAACAACAAGAAGAAUAAUAAAAAGGGCAAGGGAAAGGGGAAAAAAGGGGGGAAGAAAAAGUGAUUCGUUUUUGUUUAUUUGAUCGUAAUAUUAUUAUGCUUGAAUAUUCUGUCUCUUUCAGUAUCUCAAAAUGUCAAUUUGUAGAUGUUCUAUUUUAAAUCACUUUGAGAGUUUCUUUGAGAGCAACAAAAAACUGGCUUUGUAAACGCUUCUUUUAAAAACGGUUGUUUUUUCAAUAAGUGUUAGUAGCUAUCAUGGAAUGAGUAC